AUGGCAUUCAACUAUCCCAUCCUCAUCCUUCCGAUCCGAGCAAUCCAGGCGCUGUUCUCUCUGAUAGUCCUUGGUGUCCUAGCCUACGCUGCAAACCACUGGGGCGGGUCCUCUCCCUCCUCCAUCAACUUCCUUAUAUUCACGUCCGUCUGGACACUCCUCGCGCUCAUCUAUCUCAUCCUGGCCCCGGCCCGGUUCCCAGCCUACGCUCACAAAUACGGCAUCCUGGGCGCCGAAUUCGUGACCAUGGUCUUCUGGUUCGCGGGCUUCAUUGCGCUGGCAGACCACCUGUCGGAUAUCAGAUGUGGCUCGUAUGCGGGGAGACACUGGGGGCCAUGUCGGGCUGGGAUCGCUGGGGACGUGUUUGCGGCAUUCGAGUGGGUAUUGUUUGCAGUGACGACCGCGAUCGCGGCGCUGCAUGCGUGGAAUACGAGAAACGAUCGCAGCACGAAGUCGGAUUCUGCCAUGGAAAUUUACGUUUGA